GGAUUGUCCUGGAUUGGCCGUCUCGAACAGCAGACCAGACGUAGGCGAUGGGGAUUGUUGCGAUAGGGUGGCCCACUGCGAGGUGUGCCGGCCCGAGUUGUGCACCCCCUCACGGUAUUCACGCUCCCAUUCAGCAGCGGAUGACUUGUCGGAGUACACAGUUACCCACUCCGUCUCUGACAUAUGCCCAGGUUCUACUCCACUGGUUGCCCCUUCCCCAUCCCAACUCGUCCCUUCGUCGCUAUCGUCCUCGAGAAAGAAUGCAUCCACCAUGUCGCGACCGCGAGGCAAUCGACGCAUCAACUCGAUAGGUGGGGGAUAGAUUUGCACCGGGUGGCCAUUGAACUAGUGGCGAUAAGUUGGCACCGCUCUUGUUGAAGUCAAUCAGUCGCCUCCAGUCUACUCCAUCAACCUCCAUGGUGCCAAAAGUUCCCUGUGGCAGCGAUAUCGGAUCGCCGAGGUAUGC